GUGGGCAGGGCCGGCGGAUGACGCCGGGUAAAGCCGGCCGAGAGCCGGCCCAGCCCCGCCGCCGGCCGAGCGCUGCCCGCGCACCCCCCGCGGCCGCGCAGUCGGGUCGGGCGGGCUCCGGCGGCAGGGCAGGAUGGACCUGGCCGUGGACUCGUACCUGGCCGUCCCGCUGCUCUUCACCGUCCUGGCUCUCGUCCUCGCCUCCGUCUUCCUGAGGCUGCGGGGAGGCGGCGGCGGGCGGGCGGCGGAGCGGCCCCGGGAGCCCGCGGCGGAGCCGGCUCGGGAGGGCGGCCCCGGGGGCGAAGCGGCGGCAGCGGCACCGGCCGCGGCCAAGGGGCCGGAGGACGAGGGGAGCCGGGUGCCGGUGGAGGAGGUCGGAGUGAGCGACGAGGGGAAGGAAGCGGUCGCCGAGCAGCGGGAGGCGGCGGCGGAGCCGGGCCCCGCGGCCGAGCCCAGCCCCGCGGCGGCCGAGAGCAUCCCCAGGCAGCCGCCCGAGGAGCCCCGGCAGCCCCCCGAGGAGCCCCGGCAGCCCGGACACCGAGAGGAUGCGGAGAGCAAGAUCCCACCCUUGGGUGCCUCGCCUGGAUCCGGCCUCGGGCACACAGGACAAGCAGAGGACACAAGUGGCCACGAAGCACUUUCCAGCCACGCAGAGGAGGAAGAGGUGGACUCAGAAAACGAGAAGCUGGUGGUGAGAGAGCCGGAGGAUGAGGAUGCUGCAGAUGAGAAGUUUUCUUUUAAAUACAGUCCUGGAAAGCUAAGGGGAAACCAGUACAAGUCAAUGAUGUCCAAAGAAGAACUAGAGGAAGAACAAAGGGUUCAGAGAGAGCAGCUGGCUGCCAUCUUCAGACUGAUGAAGGAAAAAAGUGACACGUUUGGAGAGAUGUCUGAAGGGGACAUGAAGGAGCAGCUCAGACUGUACGAUAUAUAACCCUGCAGCCAGGGGAGCUUGUGCCCAAAAGCCAUCUCGGCCCUUGUUCUGCAGGACACUGGAGGCUGUAGUGCUUUAAAAGUGUCCCAGUAGUUAUUUUGCAGUUCCAGAUUGUUUUGCAAACACAUAUAGGCCUGUGAUAUGUAUUUCAAAAGACUUGUAAUUCCUCAGCCUUUUAAUAAUUUUUCUUUGCAGAGCUAUCAUCUCGUACAGCAAUUUUUUACCUCUUUCUGGCUGGUCAUAUGUCUCAGUCCUACAAAGCAGUUAAACUCACUUUUUUUCUGGCCAUGCUUUAUGCAAAUGAACUCUCAAGCCUAGUCUUUCUCAGUUUGACAUCUGAAGAAAGCCAAAGAAGAUAGGUGUAAAAUGAAUGAAAAUAAUAGAAUAACUCAGGUUGAAGGGUCCUGCAGUCCAGCCUCCUGCUAAAAGUUGUCAGACCAAGGUGGGUUACUCAGGGCUUUAUCCUGUUGGGUCUUGAAAAGCUCCAAAGAUGGAAACUGCCUCCCUCCCUUGGCAGGGAGGCUUCCAACCCUACGGUUAGAAAACAAACACCAAAAGCAAGGCAUUAGCACUCUGAUCAGGGCGUGUUGCCCCUCAUCUCCCUGGAAAGAACACUUCAUCCUCCUUCAGGCUGGCUUUUGAAACCAACCCAAGCUGGUUCUGGCUGACCUCGCUGAGAUCAUCCUCACGCCUGAGGAAGCAGCAGCAAACUCCAGCCUGGGAACACAAACAUCUCCUGACACUGGGGAAGGGACCACAGAAAGGCUGCUGGGUUUAUCACAAGGAUGGUUGUGUCCACCCCAGAUCCUGCUCUUCUCAUACAAAAUUAUGUGGGAAACUACAUACUUAGGAAAUCUCUGUGAUUUUAUCAAGCAUUUUGAACAGUCUUGAGCAGCUCUUGUUGGUUUGAAUAGAGUAAAUCAAUGAGCAUUCCUAAUUACAACUAAAUGUCUUCUGGUGUGCUUAUCUCUCCUAUGAAAUCCUGUUAAAUACUUUCUUAUCAGGAAAAAUUUUCUUGCUUUUAGUAACUGCUCACAAAGGGAGGCAACAUUUUCUGCCCCAGUUUUAGGGAAUGAUCACUUAAAAAAUUAGUUUUGCUUUAUUUUGUGUAAUCCUCUUCAGCCCAAGAAACCUAAUAUCUCAUUAUCUGCUGGCUGUCUCCCAGUACAGUGUGUUCUAUAACAUCAGACAUUUAGAUUUUAAGAAUUAUUUUAUCUUCUAAUUGUUUUCACUUAGGCCAAGGCAUAUUUAUAAUGAGUUCAAACUGGUUUUACUACCAAUCAUGACUUAAUUUAAAUGUAAUGUCUGAAAAUUACCUCUUCUUAUUCAACAUGAACGAAUUAAGUGGGAAAAGCAGUCCCAUGAAGUGAAAUAUCACUCUAGCUUGCUGUGUCCCUAGGACACAGUUUCCUUUGCCAAGCUGUGCAAAGGGAGAAAUGUAGAAAAAUCGUAUAUGGGACUUGUCCCUAGCUCAAAACUGAAAUCAGGAUCUUUUCCAAAACUUUUCAUGAAAGCAAGCAAAGGAGAGAUAAAGUGUAGUUGAUUUUUAGUCUUUGUCUUGCAGACUUCACAGUUUAUUUCCAAAAUAUUUUUAUAUUUCCUAUGUUAUGGUUGGUUCUUCUCUGAAUAGGAACAUUUCUGGGGCAGAAAAAAAAAAAAUCCUCAAACCCUUCAGCUUCAGAGAAUGCCAGCAAUGACAACUCUGUAUAAGGGACAGCAGCUGGGAUUAACCCUGUCCUGUCCACACCAGCUCCCAGCACAUCACCAAAAUGUUCAGAUGCUGCUGAUAACAGGACAGUGGUGAAAAACCUGCUUUUUACUAGGCUCAGAUUUAAGAAAGAAAUUAAGAUAAAUAGAAAAAGAUAAAUAAAGAGCCUCUCUUUCCCCAAGACGCGAAAGGAAGGGGUGUCAAGGUGUGAAACCCACGGGUUUUGAAUGCAUUCCUCCAUGCGCAUUGGCAAGGCUGUAAUGAGGAGCAUCCUGCUGGACACAUCCUUGCGGGUCCAUGGAGGUGGUGGGGAGGGACCUGCAGCCAUGGGGAACGUCCUGAUUUGUUUGGGCAUCUCCUGAGGCGCUUCCCCCGCUGGACUCGUCAAUGUUUAUACAGAAAAUGUCACCAGGGCUGUGGCAGGGCUUCCCUUCAUCUCCCCUUCCGGGAUCCUCCUCUGAAUAACUGCAGAGUCACAGAAGCCAUUGCAGAUUUAUUUGUGUUGAAGUGACCUUAGAGUCACCAAGUUCCACCCCCACCCCAAAAGGGGAUGGUGGCACUGGGGGAUCCUGGUCUGGGGCAAAGGCACUGGGGGUCCCCGAGACAGGAUAAUGGCAGGGAGGGGUCCCUCAUGAAGGGACAGUGACACUGGGGGUCCCUAUGACAGGAUAAUGGCAGGGAGGGGUCCCUCAUGAAGGGACAGUGACACUGAGGGGUCCCCAUGACAGGAUAAUGGCAGGAGCAGUCCCUCAUGAAGGGACAGUGACACUGGGGGUCCCUCACGAGGGGAUGGCAGUACUGGGGGGUCCCCAUGACAGGAUAAUGGCACUGAGGGGUCCCUCAAGAGGAGAUGGUGGUACUGGGGGGUCUCUGGGACAGGAUAAUGGCAGUGAGGGGCCCCUCAUGAAGGGACAGUGACACUGGGGGUCCCCAUGACAGGAUAAUGGCAGGGAGGGGUCCCUCAUGAGGGGAUGGCAUCACUGGGGGUCCCCAUGACAGGAUAAUGGCAGGGAGGGGUGCCUCAUGAAGGGACAGUGACACUGGGGGUCCCUCAUGAGGGGACAGCAAUACUGGGGGGUCUCCAUGACAUGCUAAUGGCAGGGAGGGGUCCCUCAUGAGGGGAUGGAGGUACUGGGGGGUCCCCAUGACAGGAUAAUGGCACUGAGGGGUGCCCGUGAGGGGACAGCGACACUGGGGGCGCCCCACGGCCGCGGGCCUCGCUGCCAUGGCAAGAAGCGACGAUUGCCAUUGGACUGACAUGUCCCUACAGGGCUCCCGUACGGCAAAGCGGAACGGGCUCGGACUGUCCCUGUGCGCCCUCCGUACCGCGCAGCGGCGGGGCGGAGCUGGCUUGAAACGCGCCGGGAUGACCGUUACCGACAGCGCGCGUGCGCAAUGAGUGACGUAAUGCGCUGAGUAUGACGUCAGUCGCUGCGGAUUACGUAAAUCUAUGCGGAUGACGUCACGCACUGCGGGUGACAUCAUAUGGGCGCUGCAUAUGACGUCACGCAGGUGGCGCUGAGGCGGGGCCGGUGCCGUCCUCACGGCGAUGGCGGCGCGGGGCGGCGGAGCGAGGGGAGCCCUCGGAACCUUGGGCCUGUGAGGCCCAGCUCGGAACUGAGAGCAGUGACGGGUUUGGCUUCACGAGGCAGCUGUGGUGGAAAACCAGCGCUGGGAGGAAAAUAAACAGCGGGAAGGAUCCCACUGAGUGAUGAAUGGAAAUGAUAUUUGCCUUUACAAAUAAACUGUAGCUUUGCUGGUAAAUGGAAUUGGAUAUUGAAAGAUGAAAGAAACAAUGGGGAAAAAACCAUAAAUUCCGUAAGGAUUAAAAAUGAAAAUGGCGGGUUGUACAUUAGAGGGAAAUCUCUGGUAUGAGGAAUUUCAGGAAGUCUGUACCUCUCAAGUACCUCAGAAAUGGGGAAAGAGAGAGGGAAAUGUGGGAAAUUGGGAUAAAAAGCAGGCUGAGGCCUCCAAAAACUUGAGAGACCGCAGGGGAAUGCCCCAUGGCCUCUCCCUUUAUUCAAAUAAAGUGAAAGGACUCCUCUGUCUCCUGUUUGGACAUAAACCUCUGGUGUUUGUGGGUGAAUUUUCCUGACAGAAUUAAACAGGAUCCAAUUUGAGAGCUUGGAAAAGGCUUCCAAACUCAGGUGUUAGAAGCAAGAAUGUGGAUUUGUAGUUUAAAGCAGAGACACGUUAAGUGGGAGAAAGUUUAGAGUUUUAGAGUUUAAGAUGUAAAAGUAGUUACAGAGGUAAACAAGGAGUUUAGAAUGCAGCACUGUAGGUUUGUGUGCCAUAACAUGAUUGGCUAAGAAAGCUUAAACUUUAGCAUGGGUCCAUAAGGCAAAAUAUUUAAGAAUUGGGUCAAAAACAUGAAUAUCCUUGUUGGCAGUGUUUUAUUGGAUGAUAAAUCCUUAAAAGGUCUUGUAACUGAGAGUCUUGUGAUCUUCUGAACCAUGCUGUAAUGAUGUGGGCUGAAUUCACCCUUCCUGCCUAUGUAGAAGAAAAUAAAGCACAUC